CGGUAUUUAUGACUCAGCUCUGCAGUCAGCGCACAAAAACAUUCCCGAAAUCAGCAUGGUCACAGUCACACCCCUUCCUGAAAACAUCUCUGUCCACCAUAAACUCUCGUCUUCAUUUUUACUUAUUACUGAAGUUUCUGCAGUCAAUCGCCGAUGAUUUAAAGAAGGAGAGAUUGUGUCCGAUUUACUUUCGCUUUGAACAAAGAACAGUCAGAAUGGUGAACUGCUGCGGUCUCGUGUCAGAGAAAAAUAUUCCAGUUCCUCUGAAGAACAUCUCAGUGGAUCUGCAGGUCCAGGAUCAUGUAGUUUCAGUCUCUUCCAGUCUGCAGUAUGUGAAUGAAGAAGAUUCUCCUCUGGAAGCCGUGUUUGUGUUCCCUCUGCCCGCUAAUGCUGCUGUCUGCCACUUCAGUGCCAAGAUCGGAGAGCAAGAGAUUGUUGCCGAGGUGCAAGACAGGCAGAGCGCGAAGGAUCAGUAUGAUGAUGCUGUGAGUUCAGGUCAGCAGGCGUUUCUUUUGGAAGAGAGUGAAGAGAGUUCCGAUGUUUUCAGACUGAGUGUCGGGUGUUUGUCACCGGGUCAGAACGCCACCAUCACCAUCAUCUAUGUGAUGGAGCUCGCUAUGCAGGCUGACCAUGCCCUGCGCUUCUGUCUGCCUGCUGUACUCAACCCACGAUACACACCAGCAGGUUCAGGUGGUGGAAUCGUUUCUGAGGUUUCAUCAGUAUCUGCAGUUCCGUACUCUCUCUCUCUCUGUGUUCAUGUGAGAUCUUCAAACCCAGUUUCCAAACUCGAGUCCAACUGUCUUCUGGAUCCUCUAGAGUUCCUUAACUCUGAUCAGACUCAUGCAAAGGUGAAUCUCAGUCCCGGUCACAUGUUUGAUAAAGAUGUUGAGCUGUUUGUGUACUAUGAGAAUACCCAUCAGCCCACUGCAGUCGUGGAGACAGGAGUGGCCACUGCACCGCCGGGUUCUUUGAUGGCCGAUCCAGUGCUCAUGAUCAGUUUGUACCCAGAGUUCCCUGAGGAAGUGAUGUCAUCAUUGGCAUCUCAAGGCGAGUUUGUUUUUGUGAUUGACAGGUCAGGCAGUAUGGAUUGCAUGAUGCAUCAUGGGGAAGGGGCACAGGUGCGCAUAGAAAGUGCAAAGGACACACUGCUGUUACUGUUGAAGAGUCUGCCGAUGGGAUGCUACUUCAAUAUCUACGGAUUUGGCUCUCACUUUGAGUCCUUUUUCCCUCAGAGUGUUGUGUACAGUCAGGACACGAUGGAAGAGGCUGUGAAGAGAGUUCAGCAGAUGAGAGCAGACAUGGGCGGCACAGAGAUUUUACAGCCUCUGGAACACAUCUACAGUCAGCCCUGUUACCCCGAUCACCCCAGACAGUUGUUCAUCUUCACUGAUGGAGAAGUGUGCAACACUAAACAGGUGCUGGACCUGGUGAAAAGUAACGUCUACUCUCACAGGUGUUUCUCAUUCGGGAUCGGUGAGGGUGCGAGUACCGCCCUCAUCUCAGGAAUGGCCAGAGAAGGUUCUGGUCACGCUCAGUUCAUCACAGGCACUGACCGUAUGCAACCCAAAGUGAUGCAGUCGCUCAGAUUUGCGCUGCAGCCUGCGGUCGAUAACAUCUCUGUGAACUGGACUCUUCCUGACGGCGUCACUGUCGACACACUGUCCCCACCCAUCUGUGUGCUCUUCCAGGGUCAAAGGGCAAUCAUUUACGCACAGCUGAAAGGACAGAGUUCAGGAAGCUGUGAGGGAGCAGUGACGGUGAAAUACAACCUGAAAAAUCAACCAGUGACUAACCAACUUAACUUCACCCUAAAACCAACCCAAGACACAGGAUUGGCCAUCCACCGGCUGGCGGUGCGCUCUGUGAUUGGCCGUCUGGAGCAGGAGGAGCGAGCGGGAGGUGCAGAUGUGGAGGAGAUCAAGAGAAAGAUGGUGGAGCUCAGCAUUCAGGCAGGAGUGAGCUGCGUUCAUACGGCCUUCAUCGGUGUUAAUAAACACAAUAAACAGAUUGUGACUGGACCGCUGCUGCAGAGGAGACUCCUGACACAAUCCUUUAUGAUGUCUGCAGAUGCGGUUUGCUGUAAGAGAAUGAGGGCGUGUUCCUCUAAGAGAUUGAUGUUGGGUGCCUCUGGGAAAAUGAAGGCGUGUAAGAAGUCCAAAAUGGCAACUCCCGGUAUUGCAUAUUGUUCUGUAAUGGAUAAGAGAACAGUUGCUCUGGCCACCCAUCCAAUUGCUGACUGUUUGAUGGUUCAAUCUAAUUUCCUGGACAUGGCAUGUGUGUUGUCAGCUGAACCUGAACCCAAGCAGGACUCUUUGCUCCAGCUGAUCUCUCUUCAGACGGCUGCAGGUUUCUGGGAGCUCAACGCCUCAUUGGCUCUUGUGAUUGGAAAGGCAGAAGAUCAGGUGACCAAUCAGAAACCAGAACAGGUGGAUGGGUCAGUUUGGGCCACGGUUCUGGCUCUGAUCUGGUUAAACGCAUUUAAAAAAGACGAUCAGGUCGAAUGGCAGUUUGUGGCGAUGAAGGCAGUGUCGUGGAUUCACUCGCAGAAAUUGGGCACUCUCUCUCAGUGUGUGUGUGCUGGGAAUCUCCUGCUGGAUUGUCAAGUGUCUGAAGACAUGCUGAGAAUCUAAAGACACUUUCACAUCUCUCAAAUAACCUUUCACUGUACUUCAUCAACAGUAACUACAUAUACUUUGUGCUUUUUUGCUGAUCUAAAAUAUAGAGAAUCAGAUUUUAGUCAGAAUUUAAAUGUAAUAACUGACAGAUUUAUUUCACUAUGUAUCAGUGAUUGUUAAAUCUGUCCUGUAUUAAUAUAAGUGAUGUGUAUGUUUUGCUUUAAAUAUUCACACUGCUCUUUACUUCAUAGACAGAUACAUUACCAGUCUGCCACAGUGAACACACUUUUUAUCACUAUUUGUCAUUAUCUUUUUGAAAUGAGUUUUGUAAUGAAUUUCAGAGGCAUCAUUUAUUUUGCUAAACUAAAUUUUAAUGUAUUUUUUAAAAAGUUAUGUUGGAGCAGAUAAUGGGAGCACAAGAUGUUGGGCAGAAUGUCAGUCUCAGUCAUCAUUCACUUUUAUUGUAUUAAAAAAGAUGCACUGAAAGUAACGGAGUGAACAUUCUGUCUAAUGUUUUCUUUUGUGUUCCACAGACGACAAAAUGUCAUACAGGUUUGAAACAACAUGAGGAUGAUUAAAUGAUAACAGAAUUUUCUUUUAGUGUGAACAGUUACUUUAAUCAAUCUAGCCUGUUUUACAAUACGGACUGAUACGGAAACUCGUUGGUAAGGUAUUUGACUUGCUGCAAGAAAUGCAGAUUCCACACAAGCAGCACGUUUGAGAUUGGU